AUCAAAUUCCUAUUUUAAAUUGUUAAAAAGCCGUUGAUAAGUGAUAACAUAAAUUACUUAGUCUCACUUUGAAAUAUGAAAUUCUUUCAAAUUUAAAUGCUCUUCCGCAAGGCCAAGUCCGUGUUCGAAAACCCACAGAUCGAGCUUUUCGGAGGUGUUUCUCUGGUGAAGUCGAACGAGGGUCGUCAGGGCAAGUCCCUGGACAACUCUCUGGCUGUUGAGGCCGCUCCCACCGUGGAGGCUCGCACCGCCGAGAUGGGCAACUACUUCAUGGACAACGCCAAGAGCUUCUUCGCCGAGCGAUCCCUGAACUUCAACUUCGCCAACGCCGCUCGCAGCGUGGCCCGCGCUAUUCCCGAUGACAUCAAGGCCGAUCUCCGCGAGCUGGUCGUUGAGUCCCGCACCCGCAAGAAGAAGCUGCUCAAGAAGUUCCUGCCCAUCCUGCUGGGAGUUGGUGCUAAGAUCGCUGUCCUUGGCGUUGGCUCUAUCUUCGGUCUGCUCUUCCUGGCCAAGAAGGCCCUGGUUGUGUCCGUGAUCGCCUUCUUCCUGGCUCUGGCUGCUGGUGCCUCCAGCGGACUGGGACGCAUCGGUGGAUCCGGAGGCGGCGGCGGUCUGCUCGGCGGUCUGGGUGGACUUUUCGGUGGCAAGAACGCCGGUGGAUCGUCGGCUGCCAGCACCGGUGGAUGGUCCUCGGGUGGUGGAGCUUCCAGCGCUGGAUGGUCCUCCGGCGGCAGCUCCGGCUGGGACACCCAUGGUGCUUACAGCUCGCCAGUGGCCCAGACCAUCGCCUACCAGGGAUACAAGCAGGCCCGCCGGUAAACAGUUAGUCAACAGCUAAUUUAACCGAAGGACGAAGGCCAAGGAGAGAGAGAGAAACAAUCGCUAAAAAUGAUGACCUAUAUUUAUAUUUAUUUAUAAAUUAUUUAUUUUAAUUUA